AUGAAUCUGUCGCUGGUUGACCCUUUCAUCCUCGCGCAGGAUUAUCCUGACACUUUGACUGAGAAAUUGCGAAGUGGCCAUGCGACAUGUUUACGUUUCAAUCACACUGGAGACUACUUAGCAUCGGGCCGAGUUGAUGGAACUGUCGUGAUUUUUGAUAUUGAGACAAAUGGAGUUGCUCGCAAGCUCCAGGGCCACACCCGGCAAAUCCAAUCGCUAAGCUGGUCCCGAGACGGUCGAUAUCUUCUCACCUCAUCACAAGAUUGGAAAUGUAUACUUUGGGAUUUGAAAGAUGGCUCGCGCGUGCGCACUGUACGAUUCGAAGCGCCGGUCUACAUCGCAGAGCUUCAUCCCUUCAACCACCUUUUGUUUGUGGCAUCGUUAUUUGAAGAUCAGCCUGUCCUUGUUGACAUCUCCUCAUCCAAGACCAUGAAGCGAAUAAUUCCAUCUGCGCCCAUUCGAGCCCAACCAACAGGUGGCAGUGACAUGGACCCAGCUGCUGCGGCCAAACAAGCAGCCCAAGACGCGAAACACUCGACUUGCGUAACGAUCUUCACGGCAUUUGGAAAUCACAUCAUUGCAGGUACCUCCAAGGGCUGGAUCAACAUAAUCGAGACGGAGACUUGCAAGACGAUCCACUCCACGCGCCUUUGCAACGGGGUUGUCAUUCUCGCCCGUCUCGCUAAUAACGGACGGGAUUUACUGAUAAAUAGCUCCGAUCGCGUAAUCCGCACGGUGCUCAUGCCUGAUUUGUCUCAACUGGGGGUCGGCUUUGAACCCUCUGCAAUCAAAUUGCAAGUGGAACAUAAAUUCCAAGAUGUUGUCAAUCGGCUCAGCUGGAAUCACGUCACAUUCUCUUCCACCGGCGAGUUUGUCACUGCAACCACGUUUAUGAAUCCCGAUAUCUAUGUUUGGGAGCGCAGCCACGGCUCUCUAGUCAAGAUUCUCGAGGGCCCACGAGAGGAACUGGGUGUUGUGGAAUGGCAUCCUUCCCGCCCCAUGGUGGUUGCUUGUGGCCUCGAGUCUGGCUGCAUAUACAUAUGGUCAAUCAUUAGCCCGCAGAAAUGGUCAGCAUUGGCCCCAGAUUUCGGUGAAGUGGAAGAGAAUGUGGAGUAUGUGGAGCGAGAAGAUGAGUUUGACGUGCAUCCCGCCGACCAGGUCCACCAGCGUCGACUGGAUCUAGAAGAUGAAGAGCCCGAUGUUGUCACUUUAGAUCGCGCUGAGAAUAUGAUCGAUUCUCAUCAAUCUGGUGCCUUCAGUGUACCAGUACUCCUCGAUGUGUCUGAUAGUGAGAGCGAGGAGGAAAUUAUCGCCGUGGGUCCAGGAACAAUGCGCCGACGUGGAUCUGGCGACGGAGAUACCGACAAGGAUUCCAAAUCUGGAGUGAAUGGCGUGACCCGUGGGGCGGGCCGGAACCGUCGACGGUGA